GCCCGGACAAACGACAGAGGUGCCACGAGGAGCAGACAUGGAGCCUCAGCAGCUCAAAAGACCAACAUGGAGCAGGCAGAUAGAGUUCACGCUUGCUGGCAUCGGCUGUGCAGUGGGUCUGGGCAACGUUUGGAGGUUUCCUUAUCUCUGCUACAGGAGCGGAGGGGGGGCCUUCCUGGUGCCAUACCUGUUCAUGCUGAUGGUGUUGGGGAUCCCUCUGCUCUACAUGGAGCUGACUGUGGGUCAGUACACCAGGAGAGGGCCUGUCCACGCCCUAGCUAUAGUCUGCCCACUCUUAAAAGGUGUGGGUUUAGCAUCAGUGGCCAUCUCCUUCAUAAUGUGCACCUACUACAACGUCGUCAUCACCUGGGCCCUCUAUUACCUGUUCAGCUCCUUCCAGGCUCCGCUGCCCUGGCAGAGCUGCAACAACACCUGGAACACUCUAAACUGUACGGACCACGCCACCAACAGCAGCUACUCAUCCACUGCCAGCCAGGAGUUCUUCAGAUAUAAGAUGCUGGAGCAGACAGGUGGAGUAGAGGACACGGGAGAAAUGCGCUGGGAGCUUUUCCUUAUACUUAUUCUCGCUUGGAUCCUCAUCUAUCUUUGCAUCUUUAAGGGGGUGAAAUCAACAGGCAAGGUUGUGUACUUCACUGCUCUGUUCCCAUACGUUAUCCUGAUUGCACUUCUGGUCAAUAAUGUGCAGCUUCCUGGAGCUGUAAAGGGAAUAGUGUUCUUCAUUGUGCCUGAGUGGGAAAAAUUGCUCUCAGUGGAGGUGUGGGUGAAUGCUGCAGCUCAGAUCUUUAACUCCAUUGGGAUUGGUUUUGGCUCCCUCCUGGCCAUGUCUAGCUAUAACUCCUUCAACAACAAUGUUCUGAAGGACACCCUGGCUAUCGCCAUCAUCAACUCUCUGACCAGCAUCUUGGCAGGAUUUGUCAUUUUCUCUGCAUUAGGAUACAUGUCUCACCUGCAGGGCAUUGCUAUCAAAGACCUAGCUGUGGAUGGUCCAGGACUGGUUUAUGUUGUUUACCCACAAGCCUUUGCCAGUAUGCCGGUAGCUCAGCUGUGGGCUGUGAUGUUCUUCUUUAUGCUGCUCUGCCUGGGACUGGACAGUGAGUUUGCGAUGGUUGAGGUGAUGGUGACCAGUCUCUUGGAUGAAUACUAUCAAAGUCUGAUUCAAACUUUCAAGAGAAAGGAGUUCUUUGUUCUGGCUGUCUGUGCUGCUGCUUGUCUUCUAGGAAUUCCCUGUGUCAUGCAGGUGGGGAUCUACGUCUUCCAACUGAUGGACCACUACACAGCUAUAGUGUCUAUCUUGUUUUUGGCAUUCUUUGAGAUUCUGGCAAUCUGCUGGCUUUAUGGAGUGAGACGACUUUCCAACAACCUGAAAGAGAUGACUGGACAAGGAGCAAAUAUCUACUUCAUGGUGUGCUGGCUGGUUGUUGCUCCCAUCCUUAUUACUGUCAUCCUGGUUUUUGCUGUCAUCCAGUUCAAACCGGCCCGCUACGAGGACUACAUCUUCCCUCCCUGGGCUCAGGGGGUUGGCUGGGUCAUUGCCUUGGCUUCCAUCAUCUGGAUCCCCUUGGGUGCUGUCCACACAUUGUGGGUGCUACCUGGAUCAUUGAUGCAGAAACUAAAGCUGUCCAUCACACCGUACGCACUGAAUGAAAAGCAAAAGAUGCCGUAUUAUGAGAGGGGAGGAAUGUAUGAGAAUCCAGCCAUAUCGGUCAUCAGCUCCAACUUCAGUAUUCAUGUCAAACCUCCUGUUGAGACAAAUUUCUGAUACCUCAUAAAGCUCAUUUAGAGUGGCAGAUUCAGUAAACCAUAAUCACAAAUUAUUGCUCACUGCCAGCUUCAGAUCUGCAAAAGAAAGUCAAACAGAAGUGUACGACAUAAAUUAUUCACAUGAUUGUGAAAUUGCACUGCUGCAUAUCUGCCAUGUAGAUAUUUUAAAUUGGCCUAUUUUUGUGAGCCUUUAAAUUGAAAUUCUGAGAUUUUGUGGAACUUCUGCUUACAGUACUGAUCUUUUUUUAAGCCAUGAAAUGUUUUAGAAAGACACUGUUUAAAAUCUGUUAUUGUUGCAUACAUCUAUGAUAACUGACCAACACUAGUGACACACCUUUGGUCUUAGGAUUUCUUACGCACAGGUUUCCUCUCUUGUCAGUGGCUUUUACUUUGUAAAUGGUGCCAUCCUCUGGUGAAAAGUGUUCAUACAAUUACACACCACCAAAUCACAUAUCUACCAAGUGCACUCCUCUAAUCUUUGGUAAGAAGAAAGUCCAGACAGACAUCUUAUUUCAGGAUACAGUCAUGGACGAAAGUAUUGACACCCCUGGAAUUUUUCCAGAAAAUACACCAUUUCUCCCAGAAAUUGUUGCAAUUACAAAUGUUUUUGGUAUACACAUGUUGAUUUCCUU